GGCAGGGCGCUUCGCGGGCGCUCCAGGCGCGCUGACGGGCGUCCCGUUUGUGCCCAGGUGAUGACGGCGGCGGCAUGGAGUUCCCCGAGCACGGCGGGCGGCUGCUGGGCCGCCUGAGGCAGCAGCGCGAGCUGGGCUUCCUGUGCGACUGCACCGUGCUGGUGGGCGACGCGCGCUUCCCGGCCCACCGCGCCGUGCUGGCCGCGUGCAGCGUCUACUUCCAUCUCUUCUACAGGGACCGGCCCGCGGGCAGCCGCGACACGGUGCGGCUCAACGGCGACAUCGUCACGGCGCCCGCCUUCGGCCGUCUGCUGGACUUCAUGUACGAGGGCCGCCUGGACCUGCGCAGCCUGCCUGUCGAGGACGUGCUGGCCGCCGCCAGCUACCUGCACAUGUAUGACAUCGUCAAGGUCUGCAAGGGCAGGCUCAGGGACAAGGACCGAAAGCUGGACCUUGAGACCCCAGCCCCUCGCGCGGAGCGACCUGGUCAGCCACCAUGUCCCUGGCCUGCCUGGACUCCUGACCUCUGCCCAGCUGCCCAGAAGACCAAGCUCCCCCAGGUUGGGGUCAAGGCUGCCCUCCCUCUGCGAGCAUCCGGGCCUCCUCCCUGGCAGGCCCCAGAAGAGUCAGACCAGGCCCUGGACCUGUCCCUUAAGCCUGGCCAAAGGCAGGAGGUGGUCCACCCCCCCUGCAUCCUCCAGACACCGCUCUGUGGCCGGCUGCAGCGAGGAGCCCGGCCGCUGGUGAAGGACGAGCAGGACUCACUGUCCGAACAGAACAGCAGCAGCCCCAGGAGCCCCCAGACCCCCCUGAAGCCACCCUGUGUUCCUGCAGCCGAGGGCCUGAGAGUGGGCUUGGAGCCACUGCCCGUCAGUGGCAGCCGGGAGCUGGAGCUGGAUGCAGGGCGGGUGGUGAGUGAAGGUGAGCUGGGGCCUGGUGGGCACCUCUGCAUCUGCCCACUGUGUAGCAAGCUGUUUCCCAGCUCCCACGUGCUGCAGCUGCACCUCAGCGCCCACUUCCGUGAGCGGGACGGCCCUCGGACCCGGCUCUCGCCCAACGGUGCCAUGCCCACGUGCCCGCUCUGCAGGAAGACCUUCUCGUGCACGUACACGCUGAAGAGGCACGAGCGGACACACUCGGGUGAGAAACCCUACACCUGCAUGCAGUGUGGCAAGAGCUUCCAGUACUCCCACAACCUGAGCCGGCACGCUGUGGUGCACACGCGGGAGAAGCCCCACGCCUGCCGCUGGUGCGAGCGCCGGUUCACGCAGUCUGGGGACCUGUACCGCCACGUCCGCAAGUUCCACUGUGGCCUGGUCAAGUCCUUGCUGGUGUGAUGUGUCCCUGUGGGUCCUGGGGGUGGCGUGGAAGGGAAGGGGCAGGGCAGGUGGGACACUGGAAUGGACCAGGUGGGAGCCUCUGAGGCUGGACUUCUGGACCCACUCUGCGGAAAGCACGCUGCCGCUUCCUGGAACACGGUCUCAGACUCGGGGUGACUUGGGCAGCCUUCCUCCUGCCUUGCCUCCCCUCCCCCCACUCCAGCUCACUCCUGCCCCCAGGCUGUGCCCUGCCCAGUCUGCCACGCCAUCUUCCUCUCACCGUCCCCUCCAGCCAAGUUGCCAGGGUGUCCAGCGGGCACCUGGCUUUUGCCCAGGUCCCUGGGUGUGAGGCGGCACGUUCGUCUUCUGUCCGGGGACGUUCCUUACCCCUUCUCUGUCAUACUGUGGGGGUAUCCUUGAGAGCUUGGCCGCAUGCCAGGUGAAUGAUUCACGCGUCAGAUAAGUUCUUAGUGUGAGUCCCAAUGGGGCGCUCAAAGGGAACAGGCUACUCCUGGUGGGUGGCAGCAGGAACUCCUGCUGGGAAGGCCUAGGGCAGGGAGAGUGCCAGGAGGGGCCAUCUGGGCACAGCUGGUGUCACGGAGGGGGGUGUGCAGCCCCAGCGGGGAUCCCAGACAGCAGGAGUGGAGCCAGCUAGAAGCUGAGUGGCUCCGGAGCUGCCACCACUGGGGUGGGACAUGGAUCCUGACUGCACUGUAACUUUGGGCAGAGAAAGUGGGAAUUUGGAAAUGGCUUCUCUUUAGACCCAGAAAGAGGCUCCCCAAGGUUGCCAGGUGGCCGCUGGGCUGUGCUGCCCUCUCGCCUGAGUGUGGGGCUGGGGCGCCUCUGAGCGUCUCCGGAGGUGGGGGGGGUACGACAGUAGUCCCCAUCCUGAGCUGGGCUCUGUGUGUCACAGGCUGCUGCUAGGCCAGGUGAGCCUGGUCCUGAAGGUCACUCCCGUGCCUGCUAGGUAGGGUCUCUCCGGAGCUGUGAUCGUUUGCAGAGCACUGGGCAGUGGCCACGGGAGGGAGGGGUAGGCGUGCAAGUGGCUUCGGAGUGGGGAGAGGGAGGCUGGCACUCCCGGAACGUGAACAGCAGGCCCUGCAUUUGCAGUGGGUUUGGGUCCCCUGCUCCCCCCACCUACUGGGCGGGUGAGGGGCGGGGAGCCUGGCCCCGGCUUCUGGGGGCCAGCGGGUGUUUCCCCCACACCACCUGAGCUGUCUGCUGUGAUUGGAAGUGGCACAGAGGACAGAGUCUGGCCAAGCCUGAGUUAUUUUCUCUUCUCCGGACACUCGAUGCCAUAUUUCUAUGCCUGCCUCGUCUGGAGCGGGAGGACACUUGGCUGCCGCAGGUGAACCCGUCCGAGGUUCAUUCCCACGUGCCGGACUCCCCAGGUGCGCGGGCAGCGGCCCGGAGCCCAGCGUCUCCCAGUGAUGCUCAGGGUGGGGGGGGCCCCGGCUCUGGCUGUCCUGACUUCGACCCCCGCCUCGGGCAGUGCCAGGGGGACUUCGCACCGGUGUGAUAUGCUCAUGAUCGGGGGUUUCCGUGAGUCUGUGUGUGUGUCCGUGUCUGUCUGUCUGUCUGUCCAGCCCACAGCGGGGCCCAAGCCCUGCACAUGGGCAGGCGCACCUCGGCUGAGCAGGGAGAUGUGGCCCUGCCACCGCCGUGGUUCUCCUCGGGGAAGAACUUCCCUUUCCUGGGCAGGGCAGCCUGCCUCGGGUUAUCAACACUGGAGUCUGUUUUCUGCGCAGUUACUGUGAAGUUAACGUAGAGAGAAGUGGUUGCUUUUAAUUUAGUAACCGACACGGUUCAGAUGAAGCGUGUCCGCGUGCAUGUGUGUGAGACGCUGACCGUGCGGGAGAGCUCGCUGUGUUCUCCCAGCCGGCCCAGCCCCCUGCCCAGGUCUCGCUGCUGCUCUGCCCCUGGGGGUCGGAGGGUGGCUCCAGUGACCCCAGAGGACAGUUGUCUGUGCUUAGCGUUUGUCGGGAAGGUCUUAUUUGCACGGACCCACCUGCUGUAGCCGGGACAGUCAUGGAAGUGAGUGCUGUCUUCCUAUUUUCACGUCGUGACAACAGUGGAAAUAAAGCCCACCCCAGGUGGAGA